UGCUGCUCACUUCGCGUUCCUUGCUUUGUCCAGUUAGUCGUCCAUCACGUGCCGUGACCACCGUCGGAAUUCACCCCCAGCGGAUCUUUUUUUUUUUUUUUGGCCCAACCUUUUUACAUCGUAUCUCUUGCAAAGCCAGAACGGCGCGACUCCAAGAAGCCUCGUUUUUUAUCGUCAUGUCAUCACAACUAUGGAGUAUGCUUCUUCACCCCGACGAACCGUUUCCCGUACCCAUGAACGGCAUGCUUCAUUUGACCAUGGCAUCGCUGCACGAUUCAAACGAAAAGAUUAAGAGUGGACGUCAUACACUUAAAGUUAUUGUCAAAGACCAAGAGUACGUGCUGUGCUCUUUAGCUCGCAAUCACGUCGAAUUUCAGGCGUUGCAACACUACUUUACCCCUCUAGACAAGGCGAUACUUGUCGUAUCGGGAAAGAGUCCUGUCACUGUGACGGGCACCUUUUAUCCGUACGAAGAUGAGGACGAAUCGCAAGCGAUGCAAGAUAUCCAGGCCACGCAACUCCCAACGUAUUUAAGCGACUUGUUGGGCGAUGAUUUACCAUCGGAUGACAGCGAAGAUGAAUUUGAAGGAGCCGACGCAUUUGGACCGUUACAAUUCCGUGAUCCCACUGAUAAUCGAUUUCUCGGUGGAUUCCAACUCUGUCACUUUGGUCUCAGCAAUCAGUUUCUACCCUUUGAUGACAUCAAUCUACGAAAAGAAGAAGAAUCCCAAGAAGAUACACAGUUACACGAUAACAUCGCUUCUGGCCUUAUCAAUGCGCUUCUCAACAGUGGUGAUGCUUUUCAAGUAAAACAAGGCAAACAAUUACUGAAAAAACUGAAAAAGCAGCAGCAGCAACAACAACAACAGCAACAAAAGCUCUGUACAUAGAAUCCAAGCCGAACUCAAUCUCGAUCUUGGACACGAAACGGUUUAUUAUUCUUAUUAUUAUUUUGGUUGUUUUCUUUUUCACGCACAUGCACACACACACACACAUAUUCUCUCUCUCUCUCUCUAGAUCCCAUUUUAAAAUAGCCUUUUUUUCCUUUUUUUUUUCUUUUCCCUCAUUUUUUACUAGCAUAAACGCGCACUGGCAAAAGCGCGCGCUCCAGAAUAACCAAUAAAUCCGAUAUAUUGAAGGUCUAUCUU